GUCGUUUGAAAGAAGUGAGAAAGUGUUUUGUUGACCAAAUCGAAAAUGACGGCCGAAACGAACAAAGGACCUGUUCUGGGGAUGAGGCAUGUCCAGGCCCUACUCAUCUUCCUCAACAUAACCACGGUAUUCAUCGGCCGCCUGAAUGUAGGAGUGUCUGUGGUGGCGAUGACCAAUGCGGAAACUACGAACCCGGACUUUCCGGAAUACAACUGGACGGAGGCGGAGAAGUCGUACAUCCUCUCCAGUUUCUUUUGGGGCUACAUCUUAACCCAGUUCAUGGGCGGAUAUUUGUGCAAGCGGUAUGGAGUCAAGAGCGUAAUGUUUUGGGGUGUCUUCGGAUCAGGUGUCUGCAGUGCCCUGACCCCGCUCUUCAUCGGAUUUGGCGAGUGGCAGGCCUACUGCGGCAUUCGAGUGCUCAUGGGAUUGGCCCAGGGAGUGGUGUUCCCCUGCAUUCAUCAGCACCUGGCCAAGUGGUCACCGCCGGCGGAGAGAAAUCGGUUGGGGGGUCUCAGUCACACCGGAAUGGAGUGUGGCAAUGUGAGUGCCAUGUUCCUCAGCGGAAUGAUAGCCAAAAGUGCCAUUGGCUGGCCAGGAAUAUCCUAUGUCUCCGCAGGAUUGGCCUUCUUCUGGUGUGCCCUAUGGUUCGUCUUCGCGGCCAACAAUGCAAUGGAAUCUCGUUUCAUAGGCGAGGCAGAGCUGCACUAUAUCGAAUCGUCACUGAAGCACAGUGAGGACCAUCACAAGACCGUCAUUCCUAUUCCCUGGAUGGCGAUUUUUACAUCGGUACCAUUUCUUGCUCUUACGGUUGUGCGAUGUUGCGAGAUGUGGGGUCUGAGUACCCUGCAGGCCCAGAUCCCGGCGUAUAUGAAUGGUGUUCUGGACAUGGACAUGAAAAGCAAUGCAUUCUUUUCGGCGUUACCAUUCUUGGCCAUGUGGAUUAUGGCGUAUGUGUACCUGAUAACCGCCGAUGUUCUUUUGGCCGGAAACAGGCUCAGUUUGACGGCUCUCAGAAAGACCUUCAACUCGAUGGCCUUCUGGAUUCCUUGUGUGACUUUGAUUGGAAUCGGGUUUCUGGAUCAGGAGCAAAAGAGUCUGGCCAUUGCUUUGAUGACCAUAGGUCUUGGUUUCAACAGUGGAUCCACAAUUGGAUCCUCCUUGAACACCAUAGAUCUAUCUCCGAAUCAUGCGAGUAUUCUUAUGGGAAUCGUGAAUACGGCUGUGACUCUAGUGCCUAUGGUAACUCCUCUGGUUGUUGGAGUUAUUGUUCAUGAAGACAAAAACCGUGGAGAGUGGCAGAUAGUGUUUAUAAUCGCCGCUGUACUUUUCUUCGUCGGAAACUGCGUGUUCUUGUACUUUGGAACGGCUGUUUCACAGCCCUGGGAUGCUGAAGACUACCUUAUAGCGAAGGUACCAGACCUAGCUAUACCUCCAGUUAUCCAUGAAGCUGGCAAAGGCAGUGAAGGCCCUCCCAAGAAGUCCUUGAUAUAAAAACGAUAGCA